AAGAAACGAUCUUUCUUCUCAUUUGCAGUUUAAGAGGACAGAAAGAUAGCAAAAUUUCUUUCUCAAUUAUUGGGAUUCAUGAGAAGUUUGGUAUGGCAGAAGUUGAUGACUGAACGAUUACGAUGAAACUUUGCAAGUGGAGAGAAAAUCUUAGCUGCAGAUCCCAACCGCCAUGGAUGAACUACUUCCUGGCUCCAUGGGAACUAGCGCCAGUUUGUCUCUCAGAUUAGGCCAGACCAUCUUCUCCUUUGCCUCUCUUCUCUUCAUGUCUGUUGGAGUUGAGUUCUACAGCUAUACUGCUUUCUGUGGACUUGACAGCUUCUUGGUGACAAUCAUGGGUCUGGUGAUUCCAUGGAGCUUCACACUGGCACUGGUGGAUGGGUGUUCAAUCCUUGUAGGAUGUCCUCUUCGUCAACCAGGAAUACUAUUCGUCAUUGUUAUAGGAGAUUGGGUCUUAUCUAUCCUCUCACUAGCAGCAGCUUGUGCAUCAGCUGGUGUCAUAAAUUUCCUGCCCAACAUUGAGGGGCUCCAUUGUGUUCCAAAGUUCUGCAGCAGAUAUCAAUUAUCUACAGUGAUGGCCUUCUUGUCUUGGUUUCUCUCGGCUGCUUCGUCUCUUUUCAACCUUUGGCUACUCCCUUCUUUGUGAUUUAACUUCCUUACGGUCGCCACCAUUUAAUCAUUUUGUUAAAUUUGAGAUGUUGGUAGUUAAUUUUAAUUCAUAGUGAAUUGUCAAGGCUAAA